CCAAAAAGAACAAACGACUACAAAAUCAGCCUCAAAGUCAGUUGAUCAAAAAGUCUUUUGGAUAAAACAGUUCCGUAAACAUUUCAGCAACAAAAAACAGAUUAAUGCAAAAUUCGUUCCACCAAAAUCCAACCAAAAGCAACAAGAAGAAGAACCGACAACAUGGAGCAGCUGACGGAGCUGGAACCGGAGCUGGAGCCGCAGCCGAAGAACAGCUACGAUGCUGCGAGCAGCUGGCCCUUGGAGCCGGAGCUGGACACGGCUGCGGGCGAUCCCAUGGUGACCAUCUUUCAGCGCGACCAUGUCGUCGUCGUCUCCGAGGAUGACGAGCAAUGCCAAUGCGGCUGCCGGCUCGACGAGCUCGACCGGGUCAUUGGCCAGCAGUGCGAUGGUGAGCACUUCAAAGCGAACUGGUUCACGAACUGGUUCACGAACUGGUUCGUCUGUCGCACCUGCCAGGAGCACUACAAUCACUUUCCACUGGCCAGUCCAGCGAACGCGAACUGA